GUCGGCGUCGCCAUACGUGGCUGGUCGUUCAGAUGCUUCCGGCAGCCAAUCAGAAGCGUCCAAGUCAUAGCGCCGUGUUUGUACGGAAGAGAAGAUGGCUGCUGCUCGGAACGGGAAGAGCGGACUGCUGGAGAAAUGGAGGAUCGACGAGAAGCCGGUGAAAAUUGAUAAAUGGGACGGAGCGGCGGUGAAGAACUCUCUGGAUGACGCCGCUAAGAAGGUGCUGCUGGAGAAGUUCGAGUACGUGGAGAACUUCUGCCUGGUGGAUGGCCGGCUGAUGAUCUGCACCGUGUCCUGUCUGUUCGCCAUGCUGGCCCUGGUCUGGGACUACCUGCACCCGUUCCCCGAGUCCAGACCGGUGCUCGCCUGCUGCGUCAUCUCGUACUUCAUCAUGAUGGGGAUCCUGACUCUGUACACGUCCUACAAAGAGAAGAACAUCUUCCUGGUGGCCCUGCAGAAGGACCCGGCCGGGAUGGAUCCGGACCACGUGUGGCAGCUCUCCUCCUCCCUCAAAAGGUUCGACGACCUGUACACGCUCCGAGUGUCCUUCUCCGACGGGAAGACGAAGAACUGGAGGGAGGCGGAGUUCACCAAGUCUGUGGCGGUGUUCUUCGACGACAGCGGGACGCUCGUGAUGGACCAGUUUGAGAAGAGCGUUUCCAAACUCCACGACACGCUGGCCAUGGAGAAGAAGACCAAAUAACACACACACACACACACACACACACACACACACACACACACACACACACACACACACACACACACACACACACAGCUGUGUGGUUCCUCUUUGACCACGAGGAUCCCAUCGUCUCUGGGUGGAGCAGGUCGAGGGACAGAAAGAAUCCUCUCUUUUUGUUUUUCAUUAAAUCUUGUUUUUCUUUACCAGCCGCUCCUCUGACCUCUGACCUCUUGGUCUUUUUUCACCCUCUGUGUGCUUUCAGUGUUUCUGCUGCUUUAAAUUUUCACGCAGCGUUUGUUUCCCUCGUUUGGCUGAUAAAUAUGAACACUUGUUGUCAUCAUGUUGAAACGUCUGUCAGUCAGGAGGACGCCGUCAGUAUUUCUCUUCCUGUUCUAAACAUUUCAGCUGAGUUCAUGUCUCAAACACACACACACUCAAACACACACUCAAACACACACACACUCAAACACACACACUCAAACACACACACACACUCAAACACACACACUCAAACACACACACUCAAACACUCAAACACACACACACACUCAAACACACACACACUCAAACACACACACUCAAACACACACUCAAACACACACACACACACACUCAAACACACACACACACACUCAAACACACACACACACACACACUCACACACACACACACACACACUCAAACAAACACGCACACACUCAAACACACACGCUCAAACACACACUCAAACACACACGCUCAAACACACACACGCUCAAACACACACACACACACACACACUCAAACAAACACACACACACUCAAACAAACACACACACACACACUCAAACACACACGCGCUCAAACACACACACACACACGCUCAAACACACACACACUCACACACACGCUCAAACACACACGCUCAAACACACACACACACUCAAACACACACACUCAAACACACGCUCAAACACACACACUCAAACACACACACGCUCAAACACACACGCUCAAACACACACACUCACACACACGCUCAAACACACGCUCAAACACACACACACGCUCAAACACACACACUCAAACAAACACACACACACACACACAGUUCUACUCAGAAUAAACUCACUUAAAGACCACCCAGACUCCACCAAUCACGAUCUUACAUUUGACUGCUGGGCGGAGCCAAGUCAGGCUGUCACAUGGAACAAAGAGAACUCCUCUUCCUGUGGGGGUGGAGCCUAACAUCCUGCACCCAAUGAUGUAAAGUUGUUGACAUGUUUACGAUACAAUCUGUUAUUUGAUUGGUCGAUGGCAUUUAAAAAAAACAUGACACAGGUGUGAAAAACAAUCGUCUCCUGACGCCCUGAGAUUGCAUCGUAGGUGUUCCUUUGAUUUCUCACCUGUCUGUUACCUGAGCAGCUUGUUAGCAUUGUUAGCAUGUAGCACUCCUGACUGCUCCCCACACCCCCACCCGGUGUCGGCCAUGUUGAUGCCUUACAGCAGGAAGUGACAGAAUGUGGAGCACACUUUGUUUUGAAUGUUCAUUUCCUGUCAUUAAAGAUGUUUGUUACAGA